AUGGUAAAGGUUACGGUAAUGAUAAAAGGAAUGGUAAUGGUAAUUACUAUGGUAAUUGUAACGGCAAUGAUAAUGGUAGUGAUAAUGGGUAAUGGAAAUGGUAAUGGUAAUGCAUAUGUUUCAAGUUUGAAGACGCCACGUUGUUUAGUAUAUGCUUGGCAGCCGUCAAUAGAGAACGCUUUCAGUGAAUUUGUGAAAACGGAGAAAAUUGGUCAUCGUUAUGUGAUACAAUACUCGUUUACAACAGUAAAAUAUUGGGUAGCAGAGUUUAAGCGAGGCCGUACGCGCAGCCAAGACGAGCAUCGCAGUGGUCGACCAAAUGAGGUGACGACUCCCGAAAUGGUGAAGAAAAUCCACAAAGCGGUAAUGGAUGAUCGUCGGCCGAAAGUGCCUGAGCUAGCAGAUAUAGUAGGCAUUUCAAAAAGUACGGUACAUCGCAUAUUAUCUGAAAAUUUGGAAAUGAGAAAGCAGUGUCCAAGAUGGGUGCCGCAUUUGCUCACACUCGACCAAAAACAGUGUCGUGAAGAGGUUUCAAUUGAGUGUUUAGCGAAUUAAUGAAUUAAUGUUUGAAUUGCUACC